AAAAUGUCAAACAACAGAGUUCAGCACCUCUUAUUGAUUUAUUUUCAUUCUGCGCAAAUAAUAACAGAGUGGAAUUAAUAAAUAUUAUUAAUUGUCAUUUAAAACAAAUUGAACUAUUUAUACUGCAUUAAAUAUGGAAUAAUAGUGCCGUGGGGUAAAUAGAAGUGAGUGUUUAUAAUUUAUUAUAAAUGUUAAUAUUGGGAACACCUAUUGUUCCAUUGUGAGACAAGAUGUUUCCAAUUUUUUUUGUUAUCUUACAAAAGGGAUGGCAAUGAAUCCUCAUGGUUUAAACUGAACUAAAUAUAUAAAGAUUUUUACCAUAAAAAUGGGUGGACAAGUGAGUCAGGUGUUCCAAUCUGGUAGUGCUUUACUGACUAAUGGACAUGGUCACAAAAUUUCUGAUUCAACGAGACAAAAGGUGCAGACGAUUUUUGAUGCCCUUAGAGCCAAUCCCAAGAUUGGAGUGCAGAGACUAGAGGGAUUGUUACAGCAAUUACCAAGGAAUGAAAAUAUAUUAGCAAUUCACGAUGAGACUGGUUACAACUUGCUUCAAAAAUGUGUAGGAGCCAAUAAUGUUGAGUUGGUCCGCUGGCUUUUAGCCAGACACAGUGCCGCUGAUGUCAAUAGGUUUCCUUGCAGCUUGCCUCUUCAUAUAGCCUGCUUAAAGGGACAUGAUGAAUGUGUAGAGCUAUUGUUAAAGCAUGGUGCCAAAUCAGAUGUGGAGGUUAGAAUGUGUUGGCCAGGUCCUCACAGCAGUAACUGUGAAGAAAGGGGAAAAUAUUCAACUGCAGUCCAGCAUGAAGAGACCUGCAUAGAAAGAGAUAGUCGGGAACGGGCACCCAAUAAUAAACUGCAGUCAGCUUUAUACUAUGCCUUGGAUGGCGAUCAGGUUAACAUAUUAACGAUGUUGUCGCAGAGAGGAGAGGACCCAUGGAAUGGUAUAUUCCGUGCAAGAAAACCUUUACUACAUUCUGCCUGCGAGAGAGGAGCAUGGAAGUGUACAGAGUAUUUGAUACGAGAACGUUCAGAUGAGAUACACCUCCUCAAAGAUGAAUAUUAUCCUAUCCACUACGCGGUUUUGCAUGACAGCAAAUUUCUCGAACUCUUAAUAGAUCACGGAGCAGACACCACUGUUCGUACUUGCACUCAGCAGAUGACAUUGUUGCAUGUAGUACUGCUCGUGGCGCAUAAGUCAGCGGAAGAUACUAUAGCGACAAUUAGAUUAUUACUCGAUCAUGGCUGCAAAGAAUUAAUUAACACACCUGAUAGUCUGGGAAAUACUCCACUACAUGCUCUUAUAGUAAGAUACGCUUUAGAAGAAGCCCAAUAUGGUUAUGACAAAUGGAACAAAUGGAAUAAAUGGGACAUCCUUCACCUGGUAAGAUACUUAAUACAGAACGGCGCUAGACAAUCGAUAAACCACGCCGGAAAUUCUGCAGUGGCUUGCGUUUUAAGACAUGUUCGCGAUUGGGAUGUUUGUUAUGAAUUGCUCAAUAUGUUACUCAAUGAAGAUGGUGAUCCGAAUAUGGUCGGCCGAGAUGGAUCUGUACCUCUGAUGGUCUGCUUGGUACCUCUUAUAAAUAAAGAUCCUCUACACCAUUUUACCCAUAGUAUGAAGGUCUGUUAUUUAAAUUGCAUUAAAAUUCUUCUAAAACACGGGGCCAAUUCCAAUUGUAGCUACAGGGCUAAUCUGACUCCCCUACAUGUAUUAGUUUUUACUGUGUCAGAAAAUAUAACAUUAAAUUGCAACGUUCAGAAAAGGUUAAACUUUGAAUUUAUUAAAAAUUUGUUGAUACUAUUGUUAAACCACGAUCUAAAUCCCAAUGCGAGAGUUACUAGAAAAACAGAACACAUUUUCCAGAAAUGUAUGGAUAUGGUAUUGAAUGUUCGAGACUGUAUGGAUCUUCACUACGUGUAUGAUCUUACACUUACCCUCAUUCAAUUUGGAGCCAAUCCUGAUUUGAGCCUCAACAUGUCAGAAGCUAUCAGAAGGCAUCCGUUGCAUUCACAGAGUAUAUGGAAUACGAAAAACUAUAUUUUGUAUUAUUACAUAACAUUAAUAUCUAGAAAAGAGAAUCUCAUCACUGAUCCCCAUCUUAGUUUUGCUAAAAUUAUUUUGUUAUUUUACUGCGUUAUGCAGCACAAGCCUCUAUUUGAGUGCCUAAAGAUCUUAUACACUCAGCAAUUGAGUCUAGUACCCGGAAAAACGACUGAACCGCUAACUGCCAUCAUCAGAGACCUCUACAAGCGACCACGAACCCUCAAACAAAUUUGUCGAGUCAAAAUCCAUAAUUGCUUAGGACGUCGGCCAGGACUUUUCAUCAACAAACUAGAUUUGCCCAAUCAGCUCAAAGAUUAUUUGUUGAAUUUUCAAGUGUAAAUUUUAAGAAGGUAGAGAGACGGAGAGAGAAUGAGGACGUAAGAAAUAUAUCUUAUAAUUCUAUCACAAUCUUGUAUAUAAAAGCGUAUAACUUAAAAAUCGCGUUAAGUAUAUAGAGAUUUUGACAGAUACCUGUUGAUAUUUGGCAGUAUUUUAUUCUUUAAGAAAGUUGUUUACUUAGUAUAACAUUAAUACACAGAUAUUUUAUGCGUCAAUGGAGUAAAAGGAACU